AUCCUUUGAGGUUAUGUUUCAUAGAUGUCAAAUAUUUUAUGUAAUUGAAUAAUUUUUGUAAUGUGGAAAUUAUUAGGAUUAAUUAAGAAUAGAGAAUCGUCUCUAAUAAGUAAUAUAUUAAAAAUCCAAUAUCCAAUAAUUUUAUACGUUCCUUGGCCUCCACAAACAAAAUUUGUUGGAAAUGUCAGAAAAGUUGUUCUUACACAAAUCAAAUGUUUUGUGAACAUUGUAAAACAUUAAGAGAACCUGACAAAAGUGAUAAUUAUUUUAAUAUCUUAGAUUUAGAAAAGAAGUACACAAUAGAUAAAGAAAGUCUGUCCCAAAAGUUUAAAAGUUUACAAAAAUUAUUACACCCCGAUAAGUUUACAAAUAGAUCAGAAAAAGAACAAGAACUGUCUCUGGAAUGGAGUUCUCGAGUCAACAAAGCUUAUUCUACAAUGAAUCACCCUAUAGAUCGAGCAGAGUAUUUACUUCAAGAUGUCGGUGUAAGUCUUUCGGAAGAGAGUGAAUCUAAAGACACAGAGUUCUUAAUGGAAAUGAUGGAACGCAAUGAAGAGAUAGCAGAAAUAUCUACGGCUAAACAGGCUGCAGAAUCUUUAAAAAAGAUUCAAGCAACUGUUCAAGAAUUGGGGCUUGAAUUAGGGAAAUACAUUGAGAGUAAAGAUUAUGAAAAUGCUAUAAAAAUAUUUGCUCGCAUGAAAUAUUUUUAUAGUGUGGAAAAUAAUUUAAGAACUAAAGCUGCUAGUUUAACAGGGACAAUUGAAUCAUAAUAAAAAAAUAAGAUAAUUAGAAAUAAAAGGAAUAAAUUGGAGCUAUUUCUGAGGGCUUUUUAAGUUCAUGUC